GCCUUGGUUCCCGGGUGUUGCCGUGGUGGACAGAGUUGGGGCGCUGGGCCUGUGCUCUGGGGCCUGGCCUUCACUCCUGGCCGUCCAGCCUUGUCCAGCCUCCCCCUGCCCGCGACGGCUGCGAACCCCGAACCCCGCAGUGGAGGGCCGGGCGCCUUGGUGGGGGCUCGCUUCCCCGCCUCCCUGCCGAACAACCAGCUCGUCAUAACCCAAGGUUUUGGGGGCAGCUGGAGGGGACCCUUUCGGAGCACAGAUUACUUAGUGGUUUAUUAUUUUGAGGUAGUGACACGGCUCUGUGCUGAAGGCACUCACCGUCCGGAAGGAGCAGGAAGCAGAGGUCCCCUCAGCGUGGCCCACCCUGCGCCCAGAGGCAGCCGGGGCGCCAGCUUGAGGCCGUUGGCGGCAGCUGGGCUCGGAGGACCCUGCUGAGAGCAGCGUGUGAGCGGGGGCCGGGCCGUGCCAGCCCGCAGGAGCUGGGCGCCAUGAACGACGUGGCCGUCGUGAAGGAGGGCUGGCUGCACAAACGAGGCGAGUACAUCAAGACGUGGCGGCCGCGGUACUUCCUCCUCAAGAACGACGGCACCUUCAUCGGCUACAAGGAGCGGCCGCAGGACCUGGAGCAGCGCGAGUCGCCCCUCAACAACUUCUCCGUGGCGCAAUGCCAGCUGAUGAAGACGGAGCGGCCGCGGCCCAACACCUUCAUCAUCCGCUGCCUGCAGUGGACGACCGUCAUCGAGCGAACGUUCCACGUGGAGACGCCGGAGGAGCGGGAGGAGUGGACGACCGCCAUCCAGACGGUGGCCGACGGGCUCAAGCGGCAGGAGGAAGAGAUGAUGGACUUCCGGUCGGGCUCGCCCAGCGAGAACUCCGGGGCCGAGGAGAUGGAGGUGUCCCUGGCUAAGCCCAAACACCGCGUGACCAUGAAUGAGUUCGAGUACCUGAAGCUGCUGGGCAAAGGCACCUUCGGGAAGGUGAUCCUGGUGAAGGAGAAGGCCACGGGCCGCUACUACGCCAUGAAGAUCCUGAAGAAGGAGGUCAUCGUGGCCAAGGACGAGGUCGCCCACACGCUCACGGAGAACCGCGUCCUCCAGAACUCUCGGCACCCGUUCCUGACGGCCUUGAAGUACUCCUUCCAGACCCACGACCGCCUGUGCUUCGUCAUGGAGUACGCCAACGGCGGCGAGCUCUUCUUCCACCUGUCCCGGGAGCGGGUGUUCCCCGAGGAUCGGGCCCGCUUCUACGGCGCCGAGAUCGUGUCGGCCUUGGACUACCUGCACUCCGAGAAGAACGUGGUGUAUCGGGACCUCAAGCUGGAGAACCUCAUGCUGGACAAGGACGGGCACAUCAAGAUCACUGACUUCGGGCUCUGCAAGGAGGGCAUCAAGGACGGCGCCACCAUGAAGACCUUCUGUGGGACGCCCGAGUACCUGGCCCCCGAGGUGCUGGAGGACAACGACUACGGCCGGGCGGUGGACUGGUGGGGACUGGGCGUGGUCAUGUACGAGAUGAUGUGCGGCCGCCUGCCCUUCUACAACCAGGACCACGAGAAGCUCUUCGAGCUCAUCCUCAUGGAGGAGAUCCGCUUCCCGCGCACGCUCAGCCCCGAGGCCAAGUCCCUGCUCUCAGGGCUGCUCAAGAAGGACCCCAAGCAGCGGCUCGGCGGGGGCUCUGAGGAUGCCAAGGAGAUCAUGCAGCACCGUUUCUUCGCCAGCAUCGUGUGGCAGGAUGUGUAUGAGAAGAAGCUCAGCCCACCGUUCAAGCCUCAGGUCACGUCCGAGACGGACACCAGGUAUUUCGACGAGGAGUUCACGGCGCAGAUGAUCACCAUCACGCCGCCCGACCAAGACGACAGCAUGGAGGGCGUGGACAGCGAGCGGAGGCCUCACUUCCCCCAGUUCUCCUACUCGGCCAGCGGCACGGCCUGAGGCGGCCAGCCGGGCGCGCUCUCCGGACGACGGCUUCGAAGGGAGGCGGGAAGCCGCGCUCGGACCUCCUGUAUUUAAUGGGUUUUGUUUCUGGACGCGUUUGGGCCGCACCGGGCUGCUCCUCCCACCAGGGAUGCGCGGCUCGCGCUGUGGCGGCUGUGGCGGGGGCUGCCCGCCCGGCCCCGGGCCGCCUCCCCAGCCUCCAGCCGGGCCGGGAGGAAAACGCCCUGCAGUUUUUCCUAAUUUAUUCAUCCGGUUCUCCAGGCGCGGCCACGCGCCGCGCGCUCUCGGGCCGGGUGGGCCUCGCCCGCGCUCCCGGCCGCACCGACUCGGCCCGGAAGCAAGCCGGGCCAGGAGCGCCGGCCGGGGCCUGGCCGGGGCUGGAGGCGGGCGGCCCCUGCGUGGGGCUGGGCCGGGCGAGAUCCUGCUCUGUUCACGCGCGUCCUGGGGGCUUCAUCUCAGAAGGAAGCCCCCCUCUGCCCCUGCCCGUUGGGACCAUCCCAUCCGAUGGCUCCCCUGGUUAGCAAUUGUCCUCAUAGAAGCUUCACCCUCCCGCUGUCGCCGCGGCCCCGCCCCACGCCCUUUGCAGGGGCCAUCGCUCCGCCCUCCGGCCAGACGCUACGCUGCACCACGGCGGUUUUUUAUAUUCAACUUUAGUAUUUUUACUAUUAUGAGACUUUCCCUCCAAAUUCCUCAAUAAAACUUGCUUUUCAACUC